AUGUCGAACCAACCAGAGAGGCCAUGGACUGAGGAGGAGAAGGUAGGGCCUCCAAUCCUCGCCCCUCUUCCUACGACAGAUUUGGGCAUGGAAGUCCCUCUGUCAUCGCAAUUACCGGUGCUCUUGCUGACGGGGGUAUGGCUGGCUCUAGUACACUCUGCUUACGGAGAUUCUGAAGAAGGCCCGAGUGCCUUCGAGCCAUCUUGUCAGAAUGAUCAGGGAUUUCAACAUUACCCCAAGCUGGGCGGAUAUACCCCUUCCUCCAGGUCGCUCCCUCAAUUCCUGUCAAAUAGCGUUCUGUAA